CCCUGCAAAUCCUCAAAAUCUCUCUCUCUCUCUCUCUCUCUCUGGAAGGGAUGGACGUCCGAAAAAAGUUCGAGCGCGUGAAAUUCCAUCUGAUAUUCGCGGUGGCUGUAACUCUCCUCCUCGCACCCAUCUUCUACCCGUCGCCUAGCCUCCUCAACGUCAUUUCCUACUUCUGGCCUCUCUUCCUCUCUACCGCCCUCUUCCUCGCCGCCGUCUUCGUCUUCGGACGGAUCUCCCCGCCGCCAUCUGACACCUCCGGCGACUUUAAGGCCGGAGAGGAUCUCAUCGAUUACGUGGCAGGCAAGCCCUUCGUCGCUGAGAUGGAAGAAGAAGCAAAAGCUGAAGCAGAAGCAGAAGCAGAAACAGAAACAGUAGCAGAAGCAAACGAUCUGAAAUCUCUGUGAGACACUCUCUCAGUCUCUCUCUCUCUCUCUCUCACCAGAGCUUUCGUUUUCUUUUCGGUAAUGAAAUGCAAAUGAAAUGCAAAUGAAAUGCGAUGGUGAAAUGAAAUGUUUGUAUAUUUUCCACCAGUUAGAUUAAUUACGUUAAUGACGGAUGUGUCCUCCUUCCAA